GGUUUCACUUCCUCAACAUAGUGAGGAAUUAAACGUUGUUGCUUGCAAAUGUAAUGAUAUCACAUACCUGUCUUUCUAUAUUCCUCACCCACAUCCAUCACUGAUCACUGAAUUAAACUUAAUAAUUUCAUCUAUUACUCCUCCUUUUAUAUUACUAGGUGAUUUUAAUGCUCACCAUGUCUCAUGGGGCUCAUGCAGAAAUGAUACUUUUGGCUAUCUCUUAAUGGAAUUGUUUGAUGAAUUUAAUAUUUGCAUUUUAAAUGAUGGAUCACCAACAAGGAGAGUAUAUCCAUCUCAAUAUCCUAAAAGUGUUGUUGAUCUAACUUUAUGUACCCCAAAUCUUACAUCACGUAUUAACUGGAAAGUUUUAUCUCACUCUUAUGGUAGUGAUCAUUACCCAAUAUUACUUUCAUUAGCCAACUGCUCAAUACCAAUCAGAGUUUUUUCGCCGCUGUUAAAAUAUAAUAUAAAAAGAGCGGACUGGGCUAAAUUCUCAUCGUUAUCAGAUUCGGUACUCUCUAAAUUUUAUAACAGUGACUCUAAUGAUAUAGAGACAAACUACAAAAACUUUGUUAAGUAUCUUUUACUCACCGCAGAUUCAUGUUUCACACGAAAAAUUUCGCCUCCUACCAAAAUUUGUUCUCCCCCAUGGUGGGAUGAGGAAUGCACACUCAGUGUUAAAAAACGAAAACAAGCUGAACGUCUAUACUCCUCCAAUAUGUCUAAUGAAAACUUUUUAAAUUAUAAAAAAAUAGCUGCCCAUACAUUAAAACUGUUAGCACAUAAAAAAAAGACGGGUUGGCUUAGGUUUUGUGAAAAUCUUUCACCCCGCUCUCCUGCUUCUAUAUUAUGGAAAAUAGAAUAUAAAGAAAUUCCGCGGAUCAUAUAACGUUGAUAAUUAUUCACCGCAAUGUGAUUCCUCUAUUUGGUACAAUUUAUUUGCCGAUAAGCUUGCUCCUCCUUGGGUUCCCUCCUUUGAGGAAUUAUGUUAUUGUGAACCAUUGAUAACCCAACCUGGAGUAAACAUUAAUAAUUCACGUUUUAAUGAACUUUUCUCCAAUGAAGAAUUUGAAUUGGUUGUUCAACACCUUAAAGAUUCGUCACCAGGUAUAGACGGAAUUCCAUACUCAUUUAUUUCUAACGCAGGAUCAAAAUCUAAGCAAAUUUUUCUAGACUUAAUCAAUGACAUAUUUAUUACGGGAAUAGUCCCUAAUGAUUGGAAAAUGCAAAUUAUUAUCCCCAUCUUAAAACCAGACAAAAAUCCUAGUGAUGGUAAUAGUUACCGCCCUAUAGCACUAUCAUCAACUUUGUGCAAAAUAAUGGAGCAUUUAAUUAAAAACCGUCUAGAAUGGUUUGUUGAAAAUAAAGGUCUCUUGGCCAAAACACAGUUUGGAUUUCGAAAGGGACUGAGCACGCUUGAUAGCUUGUCUGUUUUUACCUCUGAUAUACGUUCGGCUUUUUCCAGAGAAGAAUCGGUUGGUGCUGUUUUUCUAGAUGUAUCAUCAGCCUAUGAUAACGUUGUCCUCCCUUUACUCAAAGAAAAGAUGUUUCUUUUGGAUAUUCCCCAUAGAAUUACUCGCAUUAUUUUUAAUUUACUUUCAGUUAGGUCAAUAUGUAUAAGAGUUCAAGGAAAACUGCUCCCUCCUAGACAGAUAUGGCGAGGCCUCCCACAAGGUUCUGUUUUAAGUCCUAUUUUAUUUAACAUAUACACCCAUAAUCUCGAACAUUCUGUUAACUCCUUUUGUAAAGUCUUACAAUAUGCUGACGAUCUAACUCUUUAUUACUCUUCUAAGAACUUUACAGAAUUGAGUUAUCGUCUUAACUCUGCAUUGUUCUACUUAAAUAAUUGGCUUACUAAUAACGGUCUCUCCUUAUCACCUACAAAGAGUAGAGUAGUAAUAUUGUCUAGAAAAAGAUUUUGUCCCAAUAUUUCAAUCUCAGUACAAAAUCAAAUAAUUCCGACAUGUGAUAAUGUUAAAUUUCUAGGUGUUUUUCUGGAUUCUAAGAUGACAGGUAUUCCUCAUUUAACGUUCAUUGCCCAAAAAUGCGAAAAGAAUGUAAAUAUCCUUCGUUCACUGACAGGUGUUUGGUGGGGAUCUCAUCCAUAUUGUUUAAAACUUUUAUAUAACGCUCUAAUCCGUAGUCAUUUUGACUACGGUACAUUUCUUUUGGAACCUUGUAAUAAACAAGCUCUUAACCUUUUAGAUAAAAUCCAACUCAAGUGCUUAAGAAUUAUUUUAGGGGCUAUGAAAUCAUCUCCAUCAAAUGCUCUACAAGUUGAAUGUGGCGAACCUCCUCUUUACCUACGUAGACAGUAUCUUGCCGAUCGCUUUAUAUAUCGAAUAUUUCAGAUAUCUUCACACCCACUGCUUUCUAAACUGCAUUCUUUAAACUCUAGUUUGAAGAAUAACAACUACUGGACUCAUAAAGACGUUCCAUGUAUUCUUAAAAGCUACCAAAAGAUACUUACCUUCAAAUUUCCCAUAUUUCAAAGUAUGUUUAAUCCUCUAUUCGUACAUCCAUUUGAAGCUUUAUGUUAUCACCCUCCAGUUAUAUUAGAUUUUGGUGUGACUAAAAAUUCCCCUGUAGCCCAAGAAAAAUUUCUAAGUAUAUUACGUGAAAAAUGGGAAGGCUGGUUGACCCUUUUUACUGAUGCAUCCAAACUCUCCGAGAAUAGUUAUGUAGGUUCAGCUGUCUGGAUACCAAAAUAUAAAAUUAUAUUAAAUUUUAAAAAUUCAAAUGUUACUUCAAUUUUCACUGGUGAAGCGGUUGCUAUUUUAGAAGCAAUUUUAUUUAUAGAAGCACAUAAAAUUAACAAAUGUAUUGUUUUUACUGACUCAUAUAGUUCAUUACAAAGCAUUUCAUCUAACCCGUUUCGAAGUAAAUCGAAAUUCCCAAUUAUUUUUGAAAUAAAAGGUGCACUGUAUAGGUGUUUUUGUCAAGGUCUUAACUUGAAACUUGCUUGGCUGCCAAGUCAUAGUGGCAUACGUGACAACGAAUUUGUUGAUUCCUUAGCAAAGCAAGCAUCUACUUCUGGUACCCUCAUGCAUCAUAUAACAUAUACUCAUGACCUUAUUUCUCUUGCGAAAAUCCAUCAGAUGGCAGAUUGGAACUCUCUUUGGAAAAAAACUCAGAAGUCUAUCGGUAAAUAUUAUGCAGAACUCCAACCUGACAUCCCCUCCAAACCAUGGUUUUUUAAAUUUAGAAAUGGUUCCAAACAUAGCACAUCUGUCAUAUGUAGAAUUAGAUUGGGACACACUUGUACACCUGUAUUUUUAGCAAAACUUAGGAUUAAAGAUAGCUCAAUUUGUGAGUGUGGAUUAGACGAAGGUACGAUCGAUCAUAAAUUUUUUAACUGCCCUAACCUCUCCGUUUCAUUAUACGAUUAUCUUCCUAAUAACAUUCCUCGUCCUGUAAAUCUUAAGUCUUUGUUAAAUUUAGUUUUCACUCCUUUUGUUCAAACUUUAUUAGAUUUCAUAUCCAUUAAUAACAUUAAACUAUAGUACCUUUGUCACUUACCUAUAUCCAUAUUAUUAUAUUAGCAAUAAUUUUGUAAAAAUAUUAUAAUGUUAAUUCAUUCGAAAAUAACUACAUAGGUAAGUAAGUUCGUAACAUAAAGUUAAACGGAAACUAGUAAAUACACUGUGUGACUCUCAUGAAAUACUUGACGCUGGCAGAAUACAUUGGAAGUUGCCAAACU